AUGUCACUGUGGGCACGAGCUCAGCAACUGCCGCAAGAGAGUCUCCAGAAGGUGAGGGCAAUAUAUGUUGACCACUUCCCAAUAGAAGUGCGCCAUUGUCUGGCUACAUGGAUAGAAAAUAGAAUAUGGACCCAAGAACCAGAAGAACAGCAGCGUUUCUUCGUUGAGGAGCUGGUACAGGAGAUCCACACUCACGCGGAAUUAAUGGUCUCUCCUGAGAUGUUCGUCACCAAGAUGAAGCUGAUAGAAGCAGCCAAGCAGUUCCGUAUGCAUUACAGCCACGCUCCCCACGAGCUAUACACUUUCAUGCGGCGUUGCUUGGCCCUUGAAAUGGAAGUUAUACAGACGGCGAUGGGUACUCCAUACAUACAACCGCAGACUGAGAGGAAAUACAGUGAGUUGAUAACCGGCCUUCAAACGGUCCGUCAGAAGGUUAACAUGGCUUCAGAGGAGAUAAGGAGUCUUCAAGCCAACAUAGAGUCAUUCUCGCUACAAUACCACGAGUGUCUCAAGAACAAGGGCCAUAUUAACUAUUUACAACAGAGUGGUCCCAUGACUAACGAUCGUCGCGAACUAGAGGCAUGUCUCAGAGUACAGAUAGAAGAUAUGGAGAGGAAACUUAACGCAUUGGUGGCUCAAAUCAAUCAGUCUCAAAUGGAAUUAGUUGACCACAUGAAGGAAAACAUCACCAACUUGAGGCAGUUACAAAGUCAAGUACUGGAUGAAGAAUUAAUCAAGUGGAAACGUGAACAACAAUUAUCUGGAAAUGGUGUACCGAUGCAAUCCAAUCUGAAUAGUAUUCAAGAAUGGUGUGAACUAUUGGCUGAAUUAAUAUGGAGUACAAGACAGCAAGUGUGCAACGUGGGACGAAUCAAUAGCAAGACUAUCGUGGAACUGAGACAACCACACCUGGCUGAGAUGUUGGAUGACAUGAGCAAGCAGGUGACAAGUCUCCUCUCUACACUGGUGACUUCAACAUUUGUUAUUGAGAAACAGCCACCGCAAGUGAUGAAGACGAACACACGUUUCACAGCCACAGUCCGUCUGUUAGUCGGUGGCCAACUGAACGUGCACAUGACACCGCCUCGCGUCACGGUGGUGAUAAUAUCGGAGCAGCAAGCCCAGUUGUUGUUGAAGAGUGACGUGUCGGGAGGACGAGGCAAGCAGCCCCAGGAGUGUGGAGACAUACUGAACAAUAGUGGCUGUAUGGAGUACCAGCCGACUUGUAGACAACUCAGCGUGAGCUUCCGUAAUAUGCAGUUACGCAAGAUUAAACGAGCAGAGAAGAAAGGUACAGAGAGUGUAAUGGAUGAGAAAUUGACGCUGCUGUUUCAGUCGGAGUUCAACGUUGGUGGAGGGGAGCUGGUUUUCCAGGUGUGGACUCUAUCUCUGCCAGUGGUAGUGAUUGUGCACGGCAACCAGGAGCCCCACGGCUGGGCCACAGUAACCUGGGACAACGCAUUCAGCCCGCCGGGGAGAGUGCCCUUCGCUGUACCUGAUAAGGUGACUUGGGGUCAAUUGGCUGAGACGCUUCGCAUCAAAUUCUGUUCAGCCACAGGCGGUGAUUUAUCCGAGGAUAAUCUGAGAUUCCUCGCUGAAAAGAUAUUCAGUUCGCACGUCGACAGAACGAGUCUGCCACUUACUGCCCUCGAGUUGAACAACAUGAGCGUCAGUUGGACACAGUUCUGUAAAGACGCGCUGCCUGAUAGAAACUUUACCUUCUGGGAAUGGUUCUACAUGGUUGUGAAGGUCACCAGGGAUUAUCUGAGGACGCUGUGGUGUGACCGAUUGAUCAUGGGUUUCAUCCAGAAGAAGCAAGCCGAGGAGAUGUUGUCCAAGUGUCCUCCGGGAACAUUCCUGUUGAGAUUCAGUGACUCGGAGCUGGGAGGUAUCACCAUAGCUUGGACUGGAGAGGGUAACGAAGUCUUCAGCCUUCAACCGUUCACGUCCCGCGACCUCAUGCUUCGUUCCCUCGCCGACCGUAUAUUAGACCUGGCUCAGUUGCAGUUCCUCUACCCGAAUGUCGCCAAAGAUGACGUCUUCUCCAAAUACUAUACAAAACCAGAGAACGAGAUGCUGAAGAACGGUUACGUGAAGCCGGUCCUAGUGACUACCCUCCCGCCAUACAUGUCCGCCUCCCCGGCUUACGCGCACUCGCCGGAUUCGCACAGGAACACUCCUUCUGUGCACAGCAGUUACUUCAGCGCUUCAACACCGGCUCAAACUGAGAGUAGCUUCAUGGAGAGUGAGCUUUUUGAACAGAUAAGGGCCUUUGAUCAUGAGGAGUUUGACGACUUUGACUUCUACGGGGGUAACGCGGCCAUGAAGUGA